GCCACACUUGGCGGUGUGACCAAAUUCGUGCUCGCUCCGCGAGUCGCCGUAAAAAAACAAUUGCGAAAUUAUACAAGGAAUUAAACGUAAAAUUAACGAAAACAUGUGCAGCGGCCGUUAGAACCGUGCGGCAAUACAACGGGCCAGCCAAAUCGUGCAGCUGAUAUACCACCCACCCAACCACCCCCUUUUUGCACCUGUAAAAAACAGGUGACUAAUGCACUGUUCGCGAAGUUUGUCAGCUGCUGGCGCCGUGGAAACAACAACAACACUAACGUCAUCCACAUCGACAACAACAACUGCUUUCUACAAGGCAGCGACGUCGGCGUCGGCAGCGGCCUCAGUCUGCACAACACCAACAACAAAGUCCAAAACUAAAGCUAUGGCCACCACAACAACAACAACAACGGCGGCAACAAAUGCUAAAGAUGGUAAGUUUUCAAUCCCCUGGCGGAACUCCACUAUCUUAAAUCUACCACACUUUCUGGUAAGCCUUUCGCGUCCAUUGUCAAGGACAAACACGCCCAGAAACAUGAGACUAACGCGCCACAUAAUAGUCGGUCAUAGCCGCCAUAUAGACCAGUCAACAAACCCAUUAGUCUGUCCCAUUUAUAACUCUCCAAAAUGUCGUCUCUCGCAUUAAAAAUAAAAAAAAAGA